GGCGCCGCCCCGGCCGCCGCGCCGCCGCGGGCUGAGCCCUGUGCCCAUGGAGUUUCGUUGGUGGUGGGAGUCGGAGAGGAAGCCAAGAAAGGGAUAAUGCUGUCAGCAUGUCUGCACACUCCAUGCUUUGUGAACGAAUUGCCAUAGCCAAGGAACUGAUCAAGAGGGCGGAAUCACUUUCUAGAUCAAGAAAAGGUGGUGUUGAAGGCGGUGCCAAGCUGUGCAGCAAAUUGAAGGCCGAAUUAAAAUUUUUACAGAAAGUAGAAGCUGGUAAAGUAGCUAUUAAGGAAUCCCAUUUACAGAGCACCAAUUUAACACACCUGAGAGCCAUAGUGGAAUCAGCAGAAAACCUGGAAGACGUUGUUAGUGUUCUUCAUGUUUUUGGUUACACAGAUACCUUGGGAGAAAAGCAGACCCUUGUGGUGGAUGUUGUUGCAAACGGUGGUCAUACUUGGGUGAAAGCCAUUGGCCGGAAGGCUGAAGCUCUGCAUAAUAUUUGGCUGGGCCGGGGCCAGUAUGGUGACAAAAGCAUCAUUGAGCAAGCUGAAGACUUCCUUCAGGCCAGCCACCAGCAGCCAGUGCAAUAUAGCAACCCUCACAUCAUCUUUGCAUUUUACAACAGUGUCUCCAGCCCCAUGGCGGAGAAGCUGAAAGAAAUGGGCAUAUCUGUGCGAGGAGACAUAGUGGCAGUGAACUCUCUGUUCGAUCACCCUGAAGAGCUCCAGCUGAGUGAGAGUGACUCCGAUGAAGAGGGCCCUGAGUGUUUCCAGGUGACCAGAGUAGACCGGGAAAAUAUACUAGCAAGUGUUGCGUUUCCAACAGAGAUUAAGGUCGAUGUGUGCAAAAGAGUAAAUCUGGACAUUACUACUUUAAUCACAUAUGUAUCUGCCCUCAGCUAUGGAGGUUGCCACUUUAUCUUCAGAGAAAAAGUACUAACAGAACAAGCAGAGCAAGAGAGGAAAGAGCAGGUUCUACCGCAGCUGGAGGCAUUUAUGAAGGACAAGGAACUGUUUGCUUGUGAAUCUGCUGUCAAGGAUUUUCAGUCUAUUCUAGAUGCUUUAGGAGGACCUGGGGAGAGAGAGAGGGCCACUGUGCUAAUUAAGCGAAUUAAUGUAGUGCCAGACCAGCCUUCUGAACGUGCCUUGCGACUAGUGGCCAGUUCAAAAAUCAAUAGUCGUUCAUUAACGAUUUUUGGGACAGGAGACACCCUAAAAGCCAUCACAAUGACUGCCAAUAGUGGUUUUGUCAGAGCUGCCAACAACCAGGGUGUUAAAUUUAGUGUGUUUAUCCAUCAGCCCAGAGCACUUACUGAGAGCAAAGAACCUCUAGCCACUCCCUUACCAAAAGAUUACAGAACUGACACUGAAUAUUGUGAUAUCCUUUCAAUAUUGUCACAGAAAUAAGUUAUUUAUACCAACAGCUGGGUCUUCCCAUCUUACUUGGAAAAACAAAAGGUCUUUAGUAAAAAGAAUAACUUAGAAUUCAAACCAGUAGAGUUGAUUUGUUUCUCAUCUAUAAAGUAUACAACUUCCUAAAGUAGAGAAAGCACAAGAGACAACCUUAUCUAUAGUGAUUAAGAACAGAACAUCUGUGUAAGGCUUUUAGCUGUAUCACAGUGCUUUUAUUUGUUUGAUUCAGUAGGGCUACAAACCUCCCUACUGGUAGUCACAUUUCAUGGAAUAUGGCUACACUGCAUCUUGCAUUAAACAUCUGGAGGAAACUGAAGCUUGUUUUUUAUUGGUUUAUCAAUUUAUAGUAGGUUCAGGCUGGGAGAUACUAGUGUAUAGUUAAUUUCAGGUUCUAAAGUUAUAGCCAUUAAUGAAAAGAAACUUACUGAUUGCUAUAUGUCAGAUGCAGUCUGUGGGUAUGUUUACAAAGAAUACAUUAAUAUGGAAUAAAGUAAAUCUUGUCUUUGUUUUUCCUGUUUUUCUUUUUUAAAAUAAAUACUGAUCUCUCAAGUC